GAGAAUGCUCUUCCUUCCCCCGCGAAGAAGAUAAGCACAGGUGCUCCCAGUAGUCGCGCCUCGCUGGCCCCCGGUCGCCUCACACGACUCUGCGCCAUCCUCCUCCUGCUCCCCCGCCCAUCCGGCGAUCCCCCACCCACCUGAUCGGCCGCCUCCCCCAUCCCCUCCUACACCACGCAACCCCAGCCCAGGCCCCGCCGCGCGCCUCCCCGCAAUGCCGGGCCUCGCCGCCGCCGAGCAGGACGCCGUCUCGCUGGUGCGCCGCGUCGCCCGGGCCCUCAACCGCCGGAUCUCCGACCUCGUCGCCUUGCUCUUCCGCCACAAGAGCGCGGGGUCCUUCGGCGCCGUCGCGGGCUUCGCCAUCGCCGUCGUCUUCGCUUGGAAGUUCCUGCGCUCCUCCUCGACGCCCAGGCCCCGCCGGCCCGCCGCCCCCAAGCGGCCCUCGGCCGCCGGCUCGGCCGCGCCUGCCCCCGACGGCCCGGCCGAGCCCGCCGGCGACUCUGGGACGCUGACGACGCGGCAGAUCGUGGCAAGGCGGCUCGGCGGCUGCAGAAGGGUCACUUGCCAACUAGUCGGUAUUGUAUUUGAGGAGAAAACUCCCGAGGAGCUUCAGAACCAUGCCACCGUUAAGCCCUCAGUGGUGGAACUACUACUGGAAAUAUCCAAAUACUGUGAUUUUUAUUUGAUGGAAACUGUACUUGAUGAUAAGAGUGAGGAGAAUGCUCUUAUGGCCCUGGAGAAAGCCGGGCUUUUCAAUACUGGUGGCUUGAUGAAAGAAAAGGUACUCUUUUGCAGCAGUGAAGUAGGCCGAACUUCGUUUGUUCGACAGUUGGAGUCAGAUUUCCACAUCGACGCAAGCCUUGAGAUAAUUUCCCAACUAUCUCGGUUCAUUCGGUGCCAGCUGUUUGUUUCCUCCAUGGAAGGAGGGCAGCUCGCAGCCAAUGUAUUUAACUCCCCGAGCCUGGAGCAGUUCUUCUCUUGAGAAUGGUACCAAAACAAAAGGGGUUCACACCCUUUCAAGCUCCGAGGUGUCAGGCAAUUCCAUGAUGCCAGCUUCGCAGAAGGACCUCAGAAUAUAAAGUGAGGCAGGCAACCACUGCUGAUCAUGUCACCGCAGCUGUCGCUGGUUCAUUCAGUUGGCCUCGUAGUUGUGCUGUAGUUAAUAACAAUGGUAAGUUAGACUCAUGAGGUUGAUCAUAUGGCAGUGCGCUGAAGAUGUAAAUUGCAUGCAUGACACAAAGCACCAUCCUCUAUAUAAAGAGAACUUUCUUCA